AUGCCAACUAUUAAACCUAAGAGAAGAUUAAACGAAGACAGACCUUCGAAGCAGAGGGCUUUAAAUGCUUUUAUUCUUACAUUGACUUCACUUUUUGUCGUGAUAUUAUUAGUUUAUCAUGCAUUUUGGGCCGUGAAAGUUGUCUAUUAUAACCAGUAUGGGAGACUAUUUAGUAGCCUUGUAUAUGGGCCUGGAACACUAGUGGCAAAUGCUGGUUUGUCUACAAGAUUUUUAAAGUUUCUUAAUAGAAAGUUACUAGAGGACACUUUAGAUACAGAUCAUAAAAAGUACAUUUAG